AUGGUGUCAUCCAAAGCGCUUCUUUCUGUUUAUGCACUUUCGGACAUCAUACUUGCGUAUCCCAUUAUUGAACGCCAACACACUGAAGACUCUUCUUCUGGUGGGGUGCAUGAUAUGGCAACGAGAUCACCGAACCCGAGAUUUAGAAAUCCGUUUGAUGUCAACCAAUUCUUAGAUAACUUGGACUACAAAAUUCCUGACAAUAAGGAUAUCCAAGAAUGGGUUGAUGAAGUACAGAAGAAGGGCGCAAUGGCGGCAGAAGGGGAUUUCUUUGGAGAUGACGACGACGAUGACAGCGAUAGUGACAGCGACGAUAAUAAUGAAGAUGAAGACGACGAUACUGAUGAUGGCAAGGACAAAAACAAGGACAAGGACGACGAUGACGAUGAGGAAGAAACCAAAAAAGAUCAUGAGGUUAAGGAGCCAACACAAUCUACUGAAGCCCAGCAACCUUCAACCAGCACCAGAGCCUCGAAUACAGCCAAUAUAACACCUCUGCUUCCUCUCUUCCCAACCUCUACAAUCACGACGACCAUAGAGAUGCCGACUCCAUGCACGACAGAGUCACCUGCUCAAGGUACCACUACCAGUGAGCCGGAAGUUAGUGACGUUCCAAUGGCCCAGGAACCGGUGUCUGAGGACGCUACUUCGAUAAUUACAAUACCUAGUGUAACCAUCCUGCCUAUUUUACGCCCGACGUAUUUCACUGGAUUGGGCCAUCUUUUGGAUCUAUUACCAGACGAUCAGUCUGACGCUUCGUAUAGGGCUUGA